CGUCCCUUCCAAAACCAGUCGCCUCUCAUAAUCACCGCACAGUCUGAAGCAGGGAUUCAGAAAAUGCACACUGACGAACCGGGGUACCUCUGCAAACAUUUCACUAAGGAACAGGUGCAUCUUUCAUGAACUCCCCGCGUGUGUGGCCAACACACAUUCUUCACUUUUUGUAAAUACAGCAGCGUCAUCAUCUUCACCUGUGUGAACCAUGGAAUGAAUGCUGAGGCUGUCCAUCGCGCGCACCGAUAAUCGGAUCUAGUCCCUCGUGGAGUACCCGAGCCCCUACGUCCUCUCCGUGCACGGAGCAGAAUGCACCCUAGUUUCUGAUCGUUAAAUGUUUAGUUCAGAGAUGAUAUCGUCGCAGCAGAAUCAUGUUGUCACCACCAUUGAGACUAUGCCUCCUGAAACCAUCACGGCAUCGCCGACCCUGGUUCAAAGGAUAAGAAAAGUGUUUAGCAGGGAACUUCUGGUAACUCUGGCUCUGGGCCAGGUCCUGUCUCUGCUCGUCUGUGGCAUCGGACUGACCAGCAAGUACCUGGCUCAUGAAUACCACGCCAACACGCCUGUGUUCCAGAGCUUUCUCAACUACAUCCUGCUGUUCCUAGUCUACACCACCACGCUCGCCGUCAGGCAAGGUGAGGAGAAUCUGCUGGCUAUACUGAAGAGGCGAUGGUGGAAGUACAUGAUUCUGGGAUUAAUAGACAUCGAGGCUAACUACCUGGUUAUCAAAGCCUACCAAUACACCACACUAACAAGUGUACAGCUCUUAGACUGUUUCACCAUCCCCGUGGUGCUGCUGCUGUCCUGGUUCUUCCUGCUGGUGAGGUACAAGGCCGUGCAUUUUGUGGGCGUUGGGGUGUGUCUGCUGGGCAUCGGCUGCAUGGUGGGGGCAGAUGUCCUGGUGGGAAGACAGCAGGGCCUAGGGGACCAUAAGCUCCUGGGGGACCUGCUGGUUCUGGGAGGGGCCAUGCUCUAUGGAAUCUCUAACGUGUGUGAGGAGUUCAUCGUUAAGAACCUGAGCAGGGUGGAGUUCCUGGGCAUGAUGGGACUGUUCGGCUCUUUCUUCAGCGGCAUUCAGCUGGCCAUCAUGGAACACAAGGAGCUGUUAAAGGUGCAGUGGGACUGGCAGAUUGGGUUGCUGUAUAUCGGCUUCAGUGCCUGCAUGUUUGGCCUGUACAGCUUCAUGCCCGUGGUCAUUAGAAGGACCAGCGCCACGUCGGUCAAUCUCUCUUUGCUGACCGCUGACCUCUACAGCCUGUUCUGCGGCCUCUUUCUGUUCCAGUACAAGUUUUCAGGGCUCUACCUCCUGUCCUUCGUCAUCAUCAUCCUGGGUCUGGUGUUCUACACCUCCUCCUCCACCUACGUGGCACAGGACCCGCGCGUCUACAAGCAUUUCCGCAACGCCGGCCACCCCAUCACGGACACGCCCACUCUGGGGCCCCUGGAACCCUCGGUGACCUAUACCAGCCUAAGGCAGGAGAUAGAGGAAGAGCCUCGCAUCAGGGUGGCCUGAGAGGGUGGGGCCUAAUCAUCCACUGCCCCACCUCCCCAGAUUCUGUACAAAGAGAAGGAUCACUGAAUGAUUAAAAAAAUGAUCGAAAACAUGUAGCAAACAAGCAAAAGUACACUGUGAUAGCAAACUGUGAAUAGAUAGCAGUGGCUAUUUCUGAUUUUGAAGAUUUGUUUCAUGUAUAGAAAUAUACUGUUACCCCAUCACAUUCCCUCGUACUGUACAUUUGACAUGUUUAAAGGUUUUGUGCUUAAGACUUGUGUAAAUGCUCAAUUGUGACUGUUUCCUUUUUUACAUGAGCACAAAUCGUUAAUGCAUUUUAAGCUUUGAGUUUGCGCUGUGGGUUAUUUCAGUGUUUAAUUGUUCCUUCAAAUCAAUCUCUUUUUGGAAAACUCCCCCGUUAAAGUAACAUGUCCAGAGGUACGAUAAAGUAAUACACAGACUUAACAUGAGUCAGUGCCUUACUAUGUAUUACUGUUGUGUGUUAGAGCUGCACAUUAUAAAUGGCCCCUUCCCUGUCCAGCAUUGUCUGAGGACAUUGGAUACUGAUGCAGCCCCUCCAGUUAUAUUCAUUUAUAAACUGGGUGGUUCGAGCCCUGAAUGCUGAUUGGUUGACAGCCGUGGUAUAUCAGACCAUAUACCACGGGUAUGACAAAACGUUUAUUUUUACUGCUCUAAUUAUGUUAGUAACCAGUUCAUAAUCGCAAUAAGGCACCUCGGGAGUUUGUGGUAUAUGGCCAAUAUACCACGGCUAAGGGCUGUAUCCAGGCACUCCGCGUUGUGUCGUGCUUAAGAACAGUCCUUAGCCGUAGUAUAUUGGCCAUAUACCAUACCUCCUUGUGCCUUAUUGCAUAGGGUGGCGCACAAUUAGCCCAGUGUUGUCCGGGUUAGGGUUUGGCUGGGGUAGGCCGUCUUUGUAAAUAAGACUUUGUUCUUAACUGACUUGCCUAGUUAAAUAAGGUUAAAUAAAAAAUAUAAAUAAAAUUGCUUAAAUAAACUCUACUUAGAACACUGUGGAUUGCUUCUCUGCAGUACAUUUAGUCUGACCUUACAACUACUUACCCACAGAUAUAACAACUUUCCAUGUUGGAACCAUUAUCUCCUGAGGCAAAUGGGUAUAAAGACAAAUAUAUCAGGAUUGCUAAUGGAGUGACGUGAUUAUUGUACAUUUGGUUCAUUGUUCAUUGUACUGUACACUGAACUCUAGUUGAUAGAAAAAUAACAACUUGUUGUAAAAAUGUGAUGAUUACAAUGCACUUGUCAUUCCAGAAUUGUGCUGUUCUCUUUUAUUGAUUGUCCAGCUGUUGGACUGUAUUUUAAGUGUGUUGCUUUUUAUUCCCUGCUGGAUUUUAUCCAAAGCACAUUAAUGAAAUGAUUUGGAACAGAUUUCUUUCAAAGUAUUAUUAUUCCCAGUUUUUUGUAUUAUAUUUGAUUUUGGUGUAUUGGAGCACUUGCUGUCAGAAACGUUGUCGAAAAUAAAGUAUCUUUGUCUGAAA